GCACGUGGAUGCCUACCGGAAAUAGUGCUUGUCUUUAACCAAUCAGAGACGCGAGAUUUCCGUGCACUGUUUAUCGCGAGACCGACGCUCUUCCUUUUCCCUUUUCCCUUCGAGUCCAAGAUGGGAGUUGACAUCAGACAUAACAAGGACCGUAAGGUGCACAGGAAGGAGCCAAAGAGCCAGGAUAUCUACCUGAGGCUCCUGGUCAAGCUGUACAGGUUCCUGGCCCGUCGCUCCAAUGCGCCCUUCAACAAGGUUGUCCUGAAGAGGCUCUUCAUGAGCAGGACCAACAGGCCUCCCAUCUCCAUUUCCCGCCUGAUCAGGAAGAUGAACAUGGCCGGCCGCGAAAACAAAAUCGCCGUCGUCGUGGGAACAAUCACCGAUGAUGUCAGGAUCCAGAAAGUGCCCAAGCUCAAGGUGUGCGCUCUGAGGGUGACUGACGGUGCUCGUCGCAGGAUCCUGCAGGCCGGAGGCCAAGUAAUGACUUUUGACCAGCUGGCUAUGGCGACACCCAAAGGACAUGGCACAGUGCUGCUGUCUGGUCCCCGUAAGGGCAGAGAGGUCUACAGGCACUUUGGAAAAGCUCCUGGAACUCCUCACAGCCACACCAAGCCCUACGUUCGAUCCAAGGGCAGGAAGUUCGAGAGAGCUCGCGGUCGCAGAGCCAGCCGCGGCUACAAGAAUUAAAGUCUCGCUUUGUUGACCGUGCUUUCGGUUUCAAAUAAAAAGACUGGCUGUACAAAACA